AAAAGCGAAAGUAAAUAGUCCAACUUCGUGGCGUCUGUAACUUUGCCUUGCAUCGUGGGCACACAAUUUGUAGCCUAAGCAGGAGAAAAUGGGAGUUGUUUGGUCUUAUUUCUUUCAAACUCCAUCACCUCCACCUGAUCCAGUACCUCUUUUGAUGGAAACUGCGUGGUAUAACAUGGAAUGGAGUCAAAGCCAUGGGUUGAAGGAGAAAUUGAGCAGACUUUACCCUAAGCACCCUGCUGUCAAGCAUCUCCGGAUCCUUGUGUCUGGUCCUGUCGGAGCCGGAAAGUCCAGCUUCAUCUAUUCUAUAGACAGCAUCCUCCAGAAUAAGAAACUGAAUUCAGCUGAGAGAGUGACAACUGGUAACUUCAGAGGUACUAAGACAUUCAGAACUUCCAAAUUUAAAGAUGAACAGGGACAUCCUCUAUCAUUUGUCAUUGAUGACGUCAUGGGCCUGGAAAGUGCAGAUGAUUCUGGAGUGAAGACUAAGGACCUUGUCAGUAUUUUAAAAGGUUGCAUCAAAGACAACUAUAAGUUUAAUCCUAUAAGUGCAUGCUCAGGAGAAGACACAAGAUACAACAGCAGCCCAACUCUGAAUGACAAGGCUCACUGUUUGGUGUUAGUCAUUCCAGCAGACAGCUUCACAGCUAGUGGACAUGCAGCAGAGAAGACUGGAAAUGUCUUUAUGGACAAUGACAGCAUCAGGAAGAUAAAACACAUUAGAGAUAAAGCUUUAGAUUUGAGGAUCCCUCAGGUGGUCAUCUUGACAAAAGUGGACCUGGCUUGUCCUCAUGUGAAGGAGGACAUCAAACAUGUCUACAGGAGCCAGACCAUCCAUCAAAAGAUGCAAGCAUGUAGUGAUGCCUUGGGAAUUCCUACGAGCGACAUCUUCCCAGUGAGCAACUACCACGGGGACAAUGAGCCUCGGAAGAAAACUGAUAAGGAUGCAGUGUUGCUGUCCACACUGACACAGAUCCUGGACUACGCCAAUGACUAUCUGGAGAAGAUAAAGGAGUCUGAAGAUGCUAAAGACGGGUUUGCCAUGGGGCCCAGGAGAAGAAGGAGCAAGGAAUCUAACCCUGACACUGCAGAGAGUGUGAUACAAAACAAUGACGCAUUCUAUUCGCUGUGGAUUUGAGACCUCACAUCUGGUGCAUUGUAACACGAGACACAAAUCAAGUGUCCUUGCUAGAAUGUGGUACAAUUAUCAU